AUGUUUACGAAAGACUCGUUUGAUCGUUUCGGCGAUGAUUUGUGUCAACUAUUGCUUCAAUAUCUGCCAAUCGAUGACAGACUAAGACUACAAUCGGUGUCCAAACAGUGGUUGGCAUUGAUAUUCAAUACACAAACAGAUCUCGUAUUCGAUGGCAAACUAUUACAUACAAUGUCUUUGAAUUCAAGGCGUGACUAUUAUCAGACAAUAAAGUUGUUUAAACUCAUUGUCUCAAAGUGUCCGAACAUUACCGCAGUUACCAUAUGUGAUGGUUCAACACUUCCCGGUGCUGUCCAUAUGAUAAGUCAUUACAUGAAUUUAUUAAUCAAAUACUGUUACCGAUUGCGACACAUCUCUAUUACACUUGAUUACGACGGCCUCUGGUCGGUCAUCGACCGUACGUUUGAACGAUUUUUCUGGCGAUUUGGCCAACAAUUACUAACAUUCAAGUUUCACGGCACUAAUCAUGAUUUCAAUAAACAAUUAUUUUACGAAGUGGUCGACGGUAUGCCUAACCUGAAAUCACUGGAUAUAACUUUUGAUAGCUAUGAAAGUACUGUACAAUUAAAUGACAUCCUAAUCGAUAAUAUGUGUUAUUUGUUGCCGGAAUCGUUGCAAUCAUUGAACAUAAAACUGGACGAGUCGUCGAUGACGUUGUUUGCAAAGUUUGCCUAUAUUUUUGGCCAACAAUUGACAUCAUUGACGAUAAUGUUUGAACAAUUGACUGCUGAUGAUGAAGACUAUGAUGGCAACGAUGAAUGGCCCAAUUGGUACAAAUGGGAUCUUAACCCGUUAUCGGCCGGUUUGGCACAAAUGCCGCGAUUAAAACAACUAAAGUUUGAUUUGCCGACCGAUUUUAGCAUCAAUUUUAUUGGCGAUUUAUUUGCGACAAUUGGCCCAAAUUGUCGACAACUUAAAGCAUUAGAUUACGAGUCAAACAUAUCAAGUGUAGUAACAAUUGGCCGUAUGUUUAGCGCAAUCAACAAACAUAUGUCAAAACAAUUGAAACGAUUAACAAUCAAAUGUAUGGAUUAUACCGAUAGAGAUACAGAUUUAUUAUUAACUAGCGAUCUAUUAAACCGAUUGAAGGGAUUAACACACUUAAGACUUGAAUUUUAUUAUUUUCAAACAAUCGGUGACCAGUUUUUCGGUAACAUUCACCGCAAUCAUCCGCGACUACAAUCCAUAUACUGUGACAAUGUCUUUAUUACUGAUGAGUCGAUCCAAGCUAUGGGACAGUUGACACACUUGACCGAUGUCUACCUUUCCUAUGAAAACCGACAAAUGGCUCUCAAGAAUAUAAAAGUGGAAAAUAUUUAA